UCUAAUAAUCUAUCUCAGUUGGAGAAGUAUUGAAAUAGAGAAGGAAUAAUUCACUAGCUAGCCAAAAGAAGCAUUAUGCAGCCACAAAAGGAGAAUAUGGAGAUAAAUGAGGACAUUGUCAUAGUUGGUGCUGGAAUUGCUGGACUUGCCACUUCUGUGGCACUUCACAGGUUGGGAGUGCGUAGCAUAGUUUUGGAAUCAUCAGAAUCUCUACGAACAUCUGGAUUUGCACUUGCUUUAUGGACCAAUGCGUGGAGGGCACUUGAUGCUCUUGGUGUUGGAGACUCUCUUAGACAACUUUCUCUCCACUUUACUCGGUUCCAAGCAUUUUCAGCAGAUUCAGGCCUGCCUAUUGCAGAGAUUUCCCUCGAGGCAAAUAACAAACCAAUUGAUUACGACAGCCGUUGUAUAAAAAGGCAACAGAUAGUGGAGACUUUAGAGAAAGAACUGCCUCCUGGAACUAUCAAGUAUUCUUCUCGUGUUAUUUCCAUUGAACAAUCUGGAGUAUUCAAAUUGGUGCAUCUCGCCGACAAAACUGUUCUUCGAACCAAGGUGUUAAUAGGAUGUGAUGGUGUCAACUCAGUGGUGGCUAAGUGUAUGGGUCUUCAAAAACCAGUUGAUGCAAAUCGUUCAGCAAUUAGAGGAUAUGUUGAGUAUCCAAAGGCUCAUGGUUUUGAGCCCAAAUUCUGUGCUUAUUUUGGUGGUGGAGUUCGUAUUGGCUUUCUUCCUUGUGAUGACAAGAGCUUGUACUGGUUUUGCACUUUUACUCCCUCCGAUUACGAUGAAAAGAUAGAAGGAAGUCCAACAAAAAUGAAACAAUUCGUGCUAAGUCUGGCCAGCAACGUGUCAAAAGAAGCAUACGAUAUCCUAGCGAGAACUUCACUAGAUAGCCUAUAUUGUGCAAAGCUAAAAUUAAGGUCACCAUGGGACAUUUUAAAAAGAGACAGUAUUGUCAAAAAUAACAUUUGUCUAGUUGGUGAUGCACUUCAUCCAAUGACACCUGAUAUUGGUCAAGGUGGAUGUUCAGCAUUAGAAGAUAGUGUUGUUCUUGCAAGGUGCAUUUCAGAGGCUAUUUUUGCAAGAAAAUUAAUUAAAGUGGAGAAAUUAGAAGAGGGUGAUGAAUUGUACAAAAGAAUUAAAGUUGGUUUGGAGAAGUAUGCAAAAGAGAGAAAAUGGAGGAUUUUUAGCCUUAUUAGUACUUCAUAUUUGGUUGGUUUAGCACAAGAGAGUAAUGGGAUGGUGAUUAGCUACUUGAGGGAGAAAUUCUUGGCUCAAUUCACUAUUAAGACUAUGCUGAGAAUGGGUGAUUUUGACUGUGGGAAACUAUUGAAAUAAUCUUGUUGAAGUGAAGAUGUUAUGAUGCUCUAUUUGUUGAUUUAUGAUCAAUGAAAAAUAGAGUCACCUAGAAAAAUAUCCAAAAUUUGUUGUAAGAACUUAUCAAGCUUGUAUGGAAGUCCUGCUAUUUGGUUAGCACUUAGCAAGUAUAUUAGCAUUGAAUUAAGGUUGCAAAUGUUGUCACUUUAUCA